CAACUUGCUGUUGUCAACCUCAAAACACUGCAACUUUCGUGGCGACACAUUUCGGCGUUAAAAUUGGCGAAAUUGUGCUUUUUACGUAGUUUUAGGAUAAACAGGUAGUGAAAAAUGGUGAAGGCUCGACGUGGAAAGAAGGAGGUGGCCAAGGAUGAGGAGGUGGAGAGUGAUGUGGAGGUGCAGCAGGAGUCUGCGGUCGCGGUGUCUGAUUCUGAGGAUGCUGCGGGAACGCGAGGGAGAAAGGCGAAGAAGGAGAAGAAAAAUGUGGCGGUGAAGAAGGAGAGUGAUUCCGAGGAGGAAAUCAGGAGUAAUUCGAAGAAAUCCGGGAAGGACAGUCGUCGGGGUGGCCAGGGAGAGUCGGAGGAGGACGAGGAGGAGGCUGUCAUUGUGCCGGCGAAGGCGAAAAAGGGGAAGAAAGGUGGCUUUGCCCUGCUCAAUGUGGAGUCAGAUAAUGACGUGGACACUGAGGAGAGAAUAGAGGAUCUGAGCGAUGAGGAGGACAGUGGACGGAGAGGAAAGGCGCAGAAGAAGACCAAGAAGCAGGACAGUGUUGAGGAGGAGGCGCCUAAGGAGCAACAAGGUGGGAAGAAGAGUAAAAAGUCAAAGAAGAAACGCAAUGAAGAUGACGAGGAGGACAUUGAGAAACUCCUGGCUGAGCUGCAGAUUGAAUAUGCUGGCGGAAAGCCAGCUGGAUCAUCUGAGGCGAAUGCUGACGUGGGCGAGUCUCAGGCGGAGAGGAAGAAGAAAGUCGCAGGCAAAGCUCGUGAGCACAAGCAGAGCUUCUCGAAGCAAGUUGAUGAGUUGCUCGAUGAUGAUGUGAAUGCUGAUCAGGAUGUGGAGGAGGAGCUGAACACUGUGAAGACGGCUGCCCAGAAGAAGAAGGAGAAGAAGGAGCGACAGAAGCGCGAAGCGGCGCUGGCGAAGCAGAAUCAGAAACCGGCGAGUGAGAAGCCGGAGAGUGAGAAAGCGCCAGAGCCAGAGAGUGUGACUCCGCCGGAGCCCGAGGAGGCGCCAGCGGAGAAUGAGGAGGAGAAGACGGCCAAGGAGGACAGGAAGAAGAAGAAGAAGGACAAGAAGGAGAAGGUCGAGAAGGUGGAGAAGCCAGAAGCGGUUGAGAAGGGAAAGAAGGGUCCUGGGAAGCAUCUGGUGGCGGCAAUGCAGGAGCGGCUGAAGAAGCUGAAGGAGGAAGAGGAGCGUCAGAAGCGGGAAGAGGAGGAGAGGAUUAGAUUGGUGGAGGAGGCUGAGCAGCAGCGACUGGAGAUGAUUAAGCAGGAGGCGGAGCGCAAGGAGAAGAAGAAGCAGAAGGAGAAGGAGCGCAAGGAGCGACUGAAGGCGGAGGGAAAGUUCCUCACCACGAAGCAGAAGCAAGAAAAGGCUCGUGCGCAGGCCAUGCUGGAGGCGCUCAAGGCUCAGGGUGUGGAUGUGCCGGAGACGGGAAAGAGGGCGCCGCGUCCGGGAACGCGCGUGAGAACGAAGAAGAAGGAUCAGUCGGUGGAUGAGGAGGAGAAGAAGGAAGCGUCGCCGGUGGAGGAGAAGCAAGAGCCCGAAAAGGCGCCGGCGAAGGAGGAGAAGAAUGCUGAGGAUGAUGUGAAGGAUGCCUGGGACGCCACGUCGUCGGAAGAUGAGUCGGAAGACGUGAAGGCGGAGGAGAAGCCUGAAGCGGAGGCUUCUGAGGAGUCCGGAAGUGAGGAGGAGUCUGAGGAGGAGGAGAGUGAGAGUGAAUCUGAAUCGGAUGCGGAUGAUCACAGGACAGAUGCGGAGAAGAGGCGUGAGAAGGCGAAGGCGAGAAUUGAGAAGCGUCGUCACGAUGCCGAGAAGAAGAGGACGACAGAUCAGCUGAGAGCGGCUGUUGUGUGUGUGUUGGGGCACGUGGACACGGGCAAGACGAAGAUCCUGGACAAGCUGAGGCGGACGAAUGUGCAGGACAGCGAAGCGGGUGGAAUCACACAGCAAAUCGGUGCCACGAAUGUUCCCAUGGACGCCAUAAAGGAGCAGACGAAGUAUGUGAAGGGAGCGUCUGAGAUGGACUACAAACUGCCCGGGCUGCUCAUCAUCGAUACACCCGGCCACGAGUCCUUCAGCAAUCUGCGGAGCCGUGGCUCGUCGCUCUGUGAUAUUGCCAUUCUGGUUGUGGACAUAAUGCACGGCCUGGAGCCGCAGACCAUUGAAUCCCUGAAUUUGCUCAAGGCCCGCAAGACGCCCUUCAUUGUGGCGCUGAACAAGAUCGAUCGGCUCUACGAUUGGGGCACAAUGGGGCGCAAGGAUGUGCGGGAUGUGAUCAAGGGACAGGCGGAGAAUACGCAGAUUGAGUUCAACACGCGUGCAAAGGAUGUCAUCACGCAAUUUGCCGAGCAGGGCAUGAAUGCGGCGCUCUUCUAUGACAAUCCCGAUGUGAAGAGUUACGUGUCGUUGGUGCCCACGAGUGCCAUCACGGGCGAAGGCAUGGGCAAUCUCCUGUACAUGAUUGUGGAAUCGUGCCAGAAUCUCCUCUCGCGUCGCCUGAUGUACAGCGAGGAUCUCCAGGCGACUGUGCUAGAGGUGAAGGCCAUUCCGGGUCUGGGAACCACCAUUGAUGCCAUUCUCAUCAAUGGGAAGCUGCGCGAGGGCGAGACGAUGAUCCUGGCGGGCACGGAGGGUCCCAUUGUCACGCAGAUUCGCUCCCUGCUCAUGCCGCAGCCGCUGAAGGAGUUGCGCGUGAAGAAUGCCUACAUUGAGUACAAGGAAGUGUUGGCUGCCCAGGGUGUGAAGAUUGCCGCCAAGGAGCUGGAGAAAGCCAUCGCUGGACUCAAUCUGCAAGUCGCCCAGAAGCCAGACGAGGUGGAGAUCCUCAAAGAGGAAGUGGCCAAGGAGCUGAAAUCCGCCCUCAGCAGUAUUAAAUUGAGCGAGCGCGGAGUUUACGUGCAGGCUUCCACGUUGGGAUCUCUUGAGGCACUCCUGGAGUUCCUGAAACAAUCCAAAAUACCGUAUUCUGGCAUUCGAAUCGGACCCGUGGUCAAGAGAGACGUUAUGAAGGCGUCAACGAUGCUGGAACAUGAGUCGCAAUAUGCAACAAUUCUGGCAUUUGACGUGAAGGUGGAGCGCGAUGCUCAGGAUUUGGCUGAUUCGCUGGGUGUAAAGAUCUUCCAGGCGGAUAUCAUUUAUCAUCUCUUUGAUAAAUUUAUGGCCUAUCGUGAGGAAUUGAAGCAGAAGAAGAGGGAUGAGUUCAAAAGUAUUGCUGUCUUUCCCUGCAAACUCAAGGUGCUGCCACAAUUUAUCUUCAACUCACGAGAUCCCAUCGUUGUCGGUGUGAUGGUGGAGAAUGGAAUUAUACGCGAGGGAACACCAAUUUGCGUGCCCAGCAAGGAGUUCGUCGAAUUGGGCAUCGUGACGUCCAUUGAGUCCAAUCACAAGCAAAUCGAAACGGCACGAAAGGGACAGGAAGUGUGCAUAAAGAUUGAACCAAUUCCAGGAGAGACGCCCAAGAUGUUCGGACGACAUUUUGAAGAGACUGAUAUGCUCGUUAGCAAGAUUUCGCGACAGAGCAUCGAUGCCUGCAAGGAUUACUUUAGGGAUGAUCUUAUUAAAGCCGACUGGGCGCUGAUGGUGGAGCUGAAGAAGCUCUUCCAGAUCCUCUAGAUGACUUUCUGCAGCUGACAAUUCCCCCUCAACCCCUUCCAACCAUCUCUCGACACCGCGAACUGAGGUCAGGAUAAUCGGAUUUUUGUAAUUACCUGUAAAACAACCUGUAAUUGAUACUUUGAGAGAAAGAAAUUGCUAUAUAUAUAUA